AUGAGUUCCUCCGACCACGAAAAGACAAAGUAUGACGACGUCGAGGCCACGCCGUGGCGCGUGUCCGACGUCGACUCGGGCGAGAUCGUCAAUGGCAACAUCGACGGCCUGCACAGGCGUCUCGCAAACCGCCAGAUCCAGCUGAUCGCGAUCGGAGGCUCCGUCGGCACGGCCCUCUUCGUCAGCAUCGGCUCCGGCCUCUACAAAGGCGGUCCCGGCUCCCUGUUCAUCGCGUACCUCCUCUACAGCUGCUCGCUCGGCCUGGUGAAUAACUGCAUGGCCGAGAUGGCCACCCUGCACCCCGUGUCCGGUGGUUUUAUCCGCAUGGCCGGCAAAUGGGUCGACGACGCCCUCGGCUUCACUAUCGGCUGGAACUUCUUCCUCUACGAGGCCCUGCUCAUCCCCUUCGAGAUCACGGCUCUGAAUCUGGUUCUGUCCUUUUGGCGAGAUGACAUUCCUGCCGCGGCCGUCAUCGCCGCUUGCAUUGUCCUCUAUGCUCUUAUCAAUGUCCUUGCAGUUGGAGGCUACGGAGAGGCCGAAUUCUGGCUCUCCGGCGGCAAGGUCAUCCUCAUCUUCAUGCUAUUCUCAUUCACGCUUGUGACAAUGUGUGGCGGUAAUCCGAAGCACGAUGCCUACGGCUUCCGCUACUGGGACGAUCCCGGGUCCUUCAAGGAGUGGCACACGACAGGCAACCUCGGUCGCUUCGAGGGCUUCCUUGCUGCUCUCUGGUCAGCCUCCUUUACGAUCGUCGGACCCGAGUAUAUUGCUAUGGUGGCCGCUGAGGCCAAGCGACCGCGGACGUACAUCAAGACUGCCUUCAGGACUGUGUACUGGCGUUUUGGUCUUUUCUUCAUCCUCGGCGCCCUGUGCGUUGGCAUCGUCAUUCCCUACAACGACCCGACCUUGACGGGCAUCGAAGAGGGCGAGAAGGCUGCUGCUGGCGCCGCUGCUUCUCCCUAUGUCAUUGCCAUGAACAACAUGGGCGUCACCGUCCUGCCCCACAUCACUAAUGCGCUGAUGGUCACGUCCAUCUUCUCCGCCGGCAACACAUACACGUACGCCGCCGUUCGCAACCUGUACGGCAUGUCCCUCGAGGGCCGCGCGCCUCGCUUCCUCCGCAAGAUGACAAACAAGGGUGUGCCCAUCUACUGCUUCAUCGUGGUGAUGUGCUUCCCGUUCCUGGCCUUCCUGCAGCUUUCGUCCGGCUCCAACGUCGUCCUGACCUGGCUCGUCAACCUGAUCACGGCCGGCGGCAUCAUCGACUACAUCGUGAUGACCAUCACAUACCUCUUCUUCUACCGCGCAUGCGUUACCCAGGGCGUUGACCGCAAGUCGUUCCCGUACUACGGCUACUUCCAGCCGUACGGCGCUUGGAUCGCCCUGAUCUUCGAGACCCUCGUGGUCAUUUUCUACGGCUACAGCAGCUUCACGCCCUGGGACGUGUCGACGUUCUUCACCUACUACACGAUGGUGAUCCUCGCGCCCAUUCUGUUCAUUGGCUGGAAGUUGGUUCACAGGACCAAGGUUGUCAGCCCCUACGAUGCGGAUCUCGUCUGGGAGAGGCCCAUCGUCGAUGCCUACGAGGCGAAGUUCAGGAACCCUCCGUUGGGCUUCUGGACAGAGAUGGGUCAACUCGUUGGCUACAAGAGGCAUCUCAAGGAUGAGUAA